AUAUAAACCUUAUCUUGAUGGAUGCCAAAAUGUCGAUAUUUAAUACAAAACAAAGGUAGACGUUAAGUAAGUUAUAUUUCUGCUCAUAAUUGCUUCGAGCCAACAGUACCUGUUUGUCUCAAAAUGGCAUCAAUUUUUGAAUUUCUAGCUAUCCUCACGGUCGGUGGCAUCUUAGUUAACGCGACUCAGACACCGUGCUGCUUCAGUAAACGAUUUAUUGCAAAUAUGACGAUUGUGACGGGCAUCCCGAUACCAAAGGACGGCAGCAAUCCCGUCGUUACAGAGAACAGAGUUCAUGUAUUGUAUGACAAGGAUAUGAGGCGAGAAAGGGCCAACGGUUACAUUCUUGUGGGUACAGGAUCAAAUCAGACGAAAUACACGUAUGAUGCAUUGAACGACUACAACAGUGGGAAAAGAUACGUAUUUACAGAUAAUGGAGCAAAUUGUAGUAUAACCCCGAUGGGAGUUUCUCAGUUCGACCAUUGUGUACCAGCUACAUUAAAGCUGGCAUCAACUGACGUCAUUGGAUCUGAAAAUGACGUUGUACCUGUAAAUUCCUGGCAGGGAAUGUCCGGGAACUACAUGUAUACUUACGUAACCGCUGUAGACGGCUGCACACCGAUUUCACUCACUCGCUAUGGUACAAAUGAAGAAGGCUCAUCAGUAAUGGAGUUUAUGCAAUUCAGCGAGUUUAUUCCAUUAUCACAAAUGGACAGAAGUCAUGAU